AUGGAAACAAAUCGUAGAAUCUACUUCAUUUUCUUUGGUAUCCUAUUUACAAUAAUAAUUGAUUUAUGUUUAAGUUCAUCACAGAAUGCACUUAUUUUCUUAACUUUUACUCGAAUAAUAGCAAUAUUUAUUUCCUUUUUUUAUCGAAUUGCUUACGACAAUUAUGAUAAAAAUGCCGAUUAUGAUACAGCGAAAACAUUCUGGACUCCAUUUAAAAAUUUAUUUGUGAUUAUUGCAGUCAUUGAACAAGCAUUUGUUAUGUAUCAGAUCAAAUUUUCGUCAAAUUUUCUUUCAAUAUUGUACAUUAUUCUGCAAGUUGCAAUGCCACUUUUUGUUUAUUUAUGGAUUCGACGUAUAGAACAAGAAAAUCUUAGUUUUUUGCAAUAUAUUUGGUUCGAAAUAUUCAAUACGACAAAUGAUCAUGAUCUUCAAUCAAAACGUAAAGAUGAACUUCAUGUACUCAAACGUCUAUUUAAAUAUAGUCUAGACGAUUGGAAAAUAAUUACAUUUGGAACAAUUCUAUUGUUAGGCGCAGCUCUAUCUGAAGUAUUUGUACCGUUAUAUACCGGAAGACUUUUAUCAAGUGUUGCAUUUAAAGAAGCAUGGUUACAAUUUCAACACAAUCUAAUCAUGUUUGUCGUUGUAAAUUUUUCCGGAGGUUUUCUUGGUGGAUUUCGUAUGGGAAUUUUUUCUAUAUGCAUUUCUCGUCUGAAUAUACGUCUACGAACAAAACUAUUUCAAUCAUAUUUAAAACAAGAAAUUGGCUUUUUCGAUACACAUGAAAGUGGAAAAUUACUUUCACGUUUGAAUCAUGAUACACAAAUAAUGAGUUCAACAGUUGCUAAUAAUAUUGCUCAAUGCAUUGGUGCACUUGUUAGAUUUAGUGGUACGUUAAUAAUGAUGAUUAAAUUAAGUAUUCAUUUAACAAUAGCUUGUCUUAUUGGUGCUCCUCUUAUCUUGGUUGUUGCUAAAAUCAGUGGUAAUGCUCAUGGGCGUAUAUCAGAAAAAGUUCAAAAUCUAUCUGCUGAAGCAUUUGAAAUAGCUGAAGAAACAAUUCAAACAAUACGAACAGUUCGAAGUUUUGGAAAUGAAGAUGAAGAAUUAAAACGAUUUGAAAAUACUCUUCAACAAUCAUAUCAAGUUUCAUUGAUACAAGCAGCAUUAAUUGCUGCACAAAAGUGGUUUGUUGAAUUAGCUCAACUUUGUAUGAGUAUUAUCAUGCUUUCAUAUGGUGCCAAACUUGUACGUGAUAAUUAUAUAACUGGACCUGAUUUAUUAGCAUUUAUUAUUUAUCAAUUAACACUUGGAGGAGUUUUAAGUGAUAUUUCGCAAAUUUAUACAUCGAUGAUGACAGCUGCUGGUGCAAGUCAAUCAGUUUUUGAUUAUUUAGAUCGUCAACCAAUACAAAAGCCAAAUGGUAUUUUACAACCAAGCGAAUUAAUAGGUGAUAUUGAAUUUAACAAUGUAUCACUUACGUAUCCAGCAAGACCAAAUGAAAUAGCUAUACAAAACAUUUCAUUUAAAAUCAAAUCAGGACAAACAUGUGCUUUUGUUGGACCAUCAGGCUCAGGAAAAUCAACAUGCGUUAAUUUACUUGAACGUUUCUAUGAUCCUAGUGAUGGAAAAAUCUUAAUCGACGGUCGAGAAAUUCAUGAAUAUGACCAUAAAUAUUUUCAUCAUAAAAUAGCUAUGGUUGGACAAGAACCAGUUUUAUUUAAUAGAACUAUUCGAGAAAAUAUCAACUACGGUAUGAAUGAUAAUGAUGAAACAAUGAUAAUUCAAGCAGCUCAACAAGCUAAUGCAGAUGGAUUUAUUACUGAACUUAUGAAUGGUUAUAAUACGAAAUGUGGACAACGUGGUAGUCAUUUAUCAGGUGGCCAAAAACAACGUGUUUCUAUUGCACGUGCACUCAUGCGAAACCCAACGAUACUUCUUUUAGACGAAGCAACAUCAGCGUUAGAUCCAGUCAAUGAAAGAUUGAUUCAAGAUGCACUAUAUUAUAAGAAAGAUAAUUCACAAUCUCGAACUAUUCUCAUAUCAGCCCAUCGAUUAAGUACAAUUGAACGAUGUGAUAGAAUAUUUGUUAUACAUAAAGGUCAUUUAGUUGAACAAGGUACACAUGAUGAAUUAAUGAUGAUUGACAACGGAAUUUAUCGAGAACUUGUUCGAAGACAAACAAUAGACAUUGACGAUGAUUAA